CCACGAUAAAAGAGGAAACUAAAAUGAGGGAGUGAAAGUGGAAGCUGAAUAGAAAAUGCUAACAACACUCAACAGGUCAGGAAGCGUCCGUGGAGAGAUAAACAGAGAACGUUUCAGAAUGGAGUUUGUGAUAUUGGUGAUGCUUCUAACAUUGACAAAUGCUGCCAGCUUCCCUGUUGAGGAAACAGAAUGGCUUGCCUGGAAAGAAAACUUUGGGAAGUCAUACUCUUCUAAUGAAGAGGAAGCCCAUCGUAAAGAAAUCUGGCUGACUAACCUGAAGACGGUUAUAAUGCACAACAUGCUGGCAGAUCAGGGCUUGUCCACCUACCGAAUGGGAAUGAAUGCCUUUGCUGACCUGGAUGAUGGAGAAUAUAAAAAAUUGAUACUUGGUAAUUGCCUGAAAACUGCCAAUGCCACAAAAUUCACUAGCUUCACCUCCCUGACCGAUAAGAAUGUUAGUCUGCCCGAUACGGUUGACUGGAGAGACCAAGGUUAUGUGACUCAUGUCAAAGACCAACAACAGUGUGGUUCCUGUUGGGCAUUCAGUGCGACAGGGGCUUUGGAAGGACAGCACUUCAGAAAGACUGGAAACUUAGUUUCUCUGAGCGAGCAGCAAUUAGUGGAUUGCUCCACUGAAUAUGGAAAUUAUGGCUGUAACGGAGGGCUUAUGAAUAAUGCAUUUCAGUACAUUAUAGAUAAUGGAGGAAUUGACACGGAAUAUUCAUAUCCCUAUCAAGCAGAGGACGGACCUUGCAGAUUCAAUCCAGGAACAGUUGGUGCUACUUGCUAUGGAAUUAUUAAUGUCCAAGAAGGAAGUGAGCUAUCACUAAAGAAAGUUGUGGCAAUGAUUGGGCCAGUCUCUGUUGCUAUUGAUGCAAGCCAUCCGUCAUUCAGGAUGUACUCCUCGGGAAUCUACGAUGAGCCAUUAUGCAGUAGUGAAUAUCUCGACCAUGCUGUUCUUGCCGUUGGAUAUGGAACGUUAGGAGGAAGAGACUACUGGCUGGUUAAGAACAGCUGGGGCACAGAUUGGGGUAAUAAAGGAUACAUCUACAUGUCGAGGAACAAGGAUAAUCAAUGUGGCAUUGCAUCAGCUGCCAGCUUUCCUACUGUAUUUUGAAACUCUCAGCAAACUGAAGCAAUUGUCCUGUGAUCUGUUGAAGAUACGUCAGAUAUCUUUGAAGCACUUUUAAAAUUUUUAUAAUAAAGCAUUAUGAUAUAUAGCUAAUUUGUGGAUAGAUUUUGCUAGUUUAAAUUUUCACACACUUUUAAGCUGGAUUGUGAUAUGUGUAGUGAUCCUCAUCAAUGGAAAUUCGGAAAUAUAGUUUUGAAUAUACACACAAAAAGUGCUGGAG